AUGGAUGACUAUGAGAACGGAGAACUGUCGGACUCGAAUGAAGAUCCCCUGACACCGAUAAGACACAGCAUUGCUCCCCAGCGAAUUGUGAAAGACAAGAAAGAGCACCGGUCAUCAUUGACUGACGUAGCAGAGGCAGGUGAAGCAGAAGAUGGAGAGAUCUUGGAAGAGGGAGAGCUCAGUGAUGAUGCUGCAGUAGUGGGCAAGGAUGAGGAGAUACCCUCAACCAAGCCGACCAGCAAAGAAGAUGGUAAAUCAGAGAAGCAUAGCAGAAAGAAGUCAGAACACAAAAGCAAGAGGAAGAGAGACUCAGAUGAUAAGACGAGACGAAAAAAAUAUGCUGAUGCUGACAAGGCAGAUUCAGAAAACAGUCCAGCUCCAGCUUGGGGUUCAGGCUAUCAAGGGCCUAAACCCAAAUCGUCUCCCUUCCACAGUAAACAGUCACAAUAUGGUCGAGGAGGUCGAGGCUACCAUAGUCCACCCGGCUUGUAUGAUAGUCCCUCAUAUUCUGAAGAAUCCGGCGAUGAAUCUCUGCCAAAGACCCUGAUGACGGAGGGGUAUAUUGAUGCCUCUGUUGCUGCUGAUGAGAAAGAGGGAAUUUUCAAUCCCAAGUUAAGCUUGGGUAAGAGGAAAAAACCUCCAUUGGAGAGGAAUGACCGUAAAAGGGGACGCAACUUUGAAGGAAAGUCAGAAGGUCCGCCAAGAAAAAAGCCACUCAGUCAGCAAGCAAUGUCCGAGAGACCUGUCUGCAAAUUCUACAUGGAAGGAAAAUGUGCCAAGGGUGUUGGAUGCCAGUUCAAUCAUGAUGUGGAGAAACCUAGGAAGAUGGAAGUCUGCAAAUAUCACUUGACAGUCAAAGGCUGCAUUAAGCAGAGAUAUUUCCCAUGUAAAUACUACCACACUGGAGCUAAAUGCUACUCUGGGGACAGAUGCAAGUUUUCGCAUGAUCCACUGACUGAGGAAACUAAAAGGGCAUUGGAGAUGAGAGUUGCGGCUGAAGAUAUUAUAGACGUUGAAGAAGAGUAUGACUAUGAUUACAGACCAAGGGAGUCAAACAGUAAGCCUAGUCUAUUAGGUUCUCCACCACGAUUUCGCCAGGAUGUCAAGAAAAUUCCAUCUUUAUUUGAGAUAGAAGUGCACCCGCCUGGCCAGUCACCUAAACCAUCGCCCCAAGCCCCAAGACCCUCUGGAUUCUACAGUGAAACAAAUGCUUCUCCGAAACCAGGAGCGGCACCAAAUACUAAUGCCCCUACGAACAACCCAAAUAUUGGAAUGAUGAAUAAUUCAGCACCAACAAGUCAACCAGGGCUGUCAAACCAGGGCAACAUGGGGGGUCCAGGAUUGCUUCAGACUCCACUGAGACCUGCCAACCUAAUAGGAGGUCCCAUGGCCAACAAUAGGCCUGGUCUGAUCACUGGCAUGAACCCUCAGCAGCAGAGACCUGGUGGAGUUACACCCGUUCAGUUCUUGGGUCCAAGACAGAUGAACAACAACAACAACCAACAGGGGGGAAAUUUGCCUCCUGUGCUGAACAUGCUAGGAGCUAUUAUUAGAGAAGCUGCCAUGCACAAAGGGCCAGGAGGUCCCAGUAGUAACAUGAACAUGGGGCCUAACACUGGUAUGGCUCCUAUGCUCCAGAAUAUGCAGAACGUGCAACAAGGUUUAAAUAUGUUGAACUCCAACAACCUGCCACAAGGAAAUAUGAACAUAGGUCCCAAUAACAUGGGUCCCAAUAACAAGGGUCCCAAUAACAUUGGUCAUAAUAACAUGGGUCAAAAUAGUAUUGGUCAAAAUAACAUUGGUCCUAACCACAUAGGUCCCAAUAACAUUGGACCUAAUAACAUGGCUCAAAAUAACAUUGGUCCUAAUAACAUGGGUCAAAAUAGCAUUGGUCCUAAUAGCAUGGGUCAAAAUAGCAUUGGUCCUAAUAACAUGGCUCAAAAUAACAUUGGUCCUAAUAACAUGGCUCAAAAUAACAUUGGUCCUAAUAACAUGGGUCAAAAUAGCAUUGGUCCUAAUAACAUGGGUCAAAAUAGCAUUGGUCCUAAUAACAUGGGUCAAAAUAACAUUGGUCCUAAUAACAUGGGUCAAAAUAGCAUUGGUCCUAAUAACAUGGGUCAAAAUAACAUGGGUCCCAAUAAUAUGGUUCAAAAUAACAUGGGUCAUUUAAUGAUGCCAAACAAGGGCAGCAUGCAACCUGGCAACUCAAAUAGCACAGGGCCUUUACAGAAUAUGAUGAAUUCUAACAGUAACCUAGGGAAUGUGGGAGCAAAUAACAUCACUGGAAAUGUAAACACAAACAGCAACUUAGGUCCAAAUGAAAACUCUCACUCUGCCUCAGUGAAUAAUGUCAUAAGUGGCAGAAGUAUCGGCAUUGGACAAGAGGUUGGAAUUAUGGAUGUCGAUUACAGAAUAAAGCCAGACUUUAUGGAAAUAGAAGAAGCGAACAAAGAACUCAGUGAGCUAGACAAGAUUCGACAGCAAAUACAAGCACAGAUUGACAAAGAAGAUGAGGAAGGCCAGGGAGAAAAUGAUGGCAAGGUUGAAAAUCAGGAUGACCUGGGUAAAACUGAUGAGGAGCAGCCUGUGUCCAUAAUAUCUGACAAUGUGAAAGAUGACAAAGCCUCAGAGAAAACGGAGAUUGCAGAUGUUGAACAGAUAGAAUUUCCUGCCGAUCUGCCAAAGACCCAGAGGGAACUUUUUAAGAGAAUACAGCUGCAGCAAAUAAUUAGAGAAAAAGAGCGGAAAAAGCAGGAGGCAUUAAAAGUUACAGAAGAAUCAGAGACCAAAG